CACUCUAAAAAGACGACGACAGUCGGGUCUGAUCGAUCCUCCCCGAGGUCCAUAACCAAUGUCAAUCCAGAAAUUACUCAAAACUCUCAAAACAGUCAAAAGAAUCCGGCCUCCUAGCACUUCCCCUGAACCUGAUCGAAGGAUUGCAGAUAUCGUCUCCACAAUCGCAAACACCUCAGAUUCAAAUCACCUUCUUCCCACCACCACCACUAGCUUCCUCUCAGAUUUGAAUCCCACCACACUGCACGGCAUUCUCUCAGAUCCACAAAUCAAAGCCUCAAAUUGCUUACAUUUCUUCAAUUUUCUUCUCAAAAAUGAAGCUCUCAUCUCCUUCAAGCCUGACCUCCGAGCCCAUCUGACCAUAAUUUGCAGGCUACUCAAGGCCGGAAGGUUCGCAGAUGCUGAGAAACUCUUGAAAUAUGUUUCCACCAGUGAAAUUUUAGAGUACCCUUUUUCUGCCAUUGCUUCUGCUGUUGAGAGUUGCUCUAAAGAACCAAAGGUCGUGGCAAAGUUAUUCAAUUCGAUUCUCAAAGUUUAUUCGGAUAAAAAGAUGUUCAAGGAAGCUUCAGCGACCUUCGAUUUUAUGAAGAACAACGGAAUCGAGAUUGAUGAGAGGACUUGCACUGUCCAUUUACUUGCCCUAAAGAGACUUGAUCAGCUGGGGUUAGCUCUACAGUUUUUUGACGGAAUGCUUCAAUCGGGUAUUGAGAUUUCUGUGUAUUCACUGACUGUUGUGGUGGACGGGUUGUGUAAGGGUGGAGAUUUGAGAAGGGGUAGGGAAUUGACGGAGGAGAUGAUGAGUAGAGGGAUCAAACCCAACAUCAUUACAUACAAUACACUAAUAGAUGCAUGUACUAAGAGAUGGAGUUUUGAGGAGUUGGAUGAAAUUUUGCUUCUGAUGGAAAAGCAAGGUGUGACUUUCGAUGACACCACAUAUAAGCUUUUGAUUGAUGGAUUUUCAAGCUCUGGCAAGAGUGAAAAUGCCGAAACGUUGAUUUUGGAGAUGCAUGACAAAGGUUUCGUAGUGGAAACCUAUUUGUACAAUUCAAUUUUGGGUGGCUACUGCAGAUUAGGGAAUACAGAAAGUGCAUUUUCACUGCUCGAUAAAAUGGCCCAUAGAGGCCUUGGUCCUAAUGCCGACACAUAUUGGACCUUAAUCAGUAGCCUCUGCAGAAUUGGAGAUGUUGAAGGGGCAAAGAUAUGUGUAAAUGAAAUGCAGAAUGAGGGAAUUGAAUUAGACGAGGCUGUGUUUAAUGCAAUGAUUGAUGGCUGCUGUAAGAGAGGAUUCAUAGAUGAAGCUUGCAGGUUGCAUGCCAUGAUGGAGAAGAAAGGAUUUAGAGCUGAUACGUCUGUUUGUAAUCCUAUAAUAAGCGAAUUAUGUAAGUUGAAUCGCAAAAACGAGGCAAAGAGGCUUCUGAGCAUAAUAGUUAAAAGGGGUGUCACACCCAUUGAUUUGAUCAACACUGUGGGAUGUCGUGGAAGCAAGUAGGGUUUCCACAUUAGAGUGUCAGGCCUAGCUCUUCUACACAGAAUCUGAAUAGAGACUUUGAAAGGGCACAUAUGCCCACGAAUUCAAUUUGAAACCUAAGGUUUAGUUAUGGGUGAAUUGGAUUAUUUAAAAUUCCUUAUAAUUUUUUUAUAAGUUCUUAACUUUUUACAA